AUGAAGACAACGAUCAUUAUAUCGUACUUGGCAACGCUGGCCCUCGGUGCCAGGUGUGCUUUCCAUAACUCUACUACUUCUCCCAAUACUCCUACUUAUCCUAAUACCACUACUUACACACACCCUGGCCUAUUGCAUACGGAAUCCGACUUCAAUCGUAUCAAGACUUUCGUCAACGAGCAGAGAGAGCCAAUGUACACCGGCUGGCUCAAACUAGUCAAUCAUGCAUACAGCGAAUAUACUCCUAGCGCUAAGGCGACAGUUUGUCGAGGCUCUGGGGGCGACUGUACCGAAAACUAUCCCUCGCUCUACCGAGAUGCGGCCGCAGCAUACACCAACGCCAUAUACUGGAAGGUCACAGGAUCCACCCAGUACGCUGAUGUCUCUGGUUCUAUUCUCGAUGCCUGGUCCUCGACUCUGACGGCCAUUGACGGCACAUCCGACAAGUAUCUCGCCAGUGGUCUCUACGGAUACCAGCUCGCAAAUGCCGGAGAGAUUCUUCGCACAUAUUCCGGCUGGAAGGGAUUGAACAACCUUACCUCGAUGCUCGAGAAUGUCUUUUAUCCAAUGAAUCACAAUUUCUUGGUAAACCACAACGAUGCUGCGAUUGAUCACUAUUGGGCCAACUGGGACUUGUGCAAUCUGGCUUCAAUGUACGCCAUUGGUGUCCUGUCUGAUAAUGCGACUAUGGCCAACGAAGCCGUUACAUACUUCAAGAGUGGACAAGGUAAUGGCGCCAUUGAAAAAGCAAUCUGGGUCACGUACAAUGAGAGUGGCUCCGGCAAGGUCCUGGGUCAGAACCAAGAGGCGGGCAGAGACCAAGGCCACGCGACGCUUGAUUUCGCCCUCUUGGGUGCCUUUGCCCAGCAAGCAUACAACCAAGGUGUCGACCUCUUUGGAUACUUGAACAACCGGAUUCUCGCUGGUUCGGAGUAUGCAUCGAAAUACAAUCUCGGCUAUAAUGUACCAUACACCACCUACAACAACUCGGAUGUUAGCCAGCCCAUUAUAUCAAACUCGAGCCGCGGAACCAUCCGUCCGAUCAAUGAGCUGCUAUUUGCUCACUACAGCUCCUUGAAAGGACUGAAUUCGUCAUGGACUGGGGCAUAUCGCGAUCUCGUCGUCGAGCAGAGCGGGGGGGCAGAAGGUGGUGGAGGUGACUAUGGGACUACGAGCGGUGGGUAUGAUCAGCUUGGCUUUGGAACAAUUCUUUAUCGUCUCGAGUGA